AUCGAUGAUUGGGACACUAAUAAGCGCCUCAUUUCACAUGUGAAGGGCCCAAUUUCACUGGCCAGUAUUAAAUUAUCAGUUAAAUCCUUAAAACUCAGACUGACGAAAUGGCGGACACCAAGGAGACGAUUGUGGAGGGCGUGGAGGCGUUGACGCUGAAUGGAAAACCGGACGCAGAGCCGGUGGAAACGGGCACGGAUGCCCAGGCCCAGGAGGGAGCCACUGCACCCACUGAAGAUGUUGUGGAUCCGUGGAACGUGGCCAGCAGCAACGACGCGGGUGUCGACUAUGAUAAGCUUAUAAAACGCUUUGGCUCCAGCAAAAUCGAUGAGGAGCUGAUCGCGCGUUUCGAGAAAAUCACGGGGAAGCCCGCCCACCACUUCAUCAGAAGGGGCAUGUUCUUCUCACACCGGGAUCUGCAUACGAUUCUCACACUGCGCGAACAGGGCAAACCCUUCUAUUUGUACACGGGUCGUGGUCCCAGCUCCGGAUCCUUGCACGUGGGCCAUCUGGUGCCCUUCAUCAUGACCAAGUGGCUGCAGGAGACCUUCGAUGUGCCGCUGGUUAUUCAAUUGACCGAUGACGAGAAGACCUUGUGGAAGGAUCUGAAAGUGGAGGAUGCCAUUAAGCUUGGACGUGAAAACGCCAAGGAUAUUGUGGCCAUGGGAUUCGAUGUCAAUAAGACUUUCAUUUUCAACAACCUGGAAUUCGUCGGAAAAUGCCCUGCCAUGUACCAGAACAUCAUUCGCAUCCAGAAGUGCGUUACCUUCAACCAGGUGAAGGGCAUCUUUGGCUUCGGGGAUUCGGACAUCAUUGGCAAGAUUGGCUUCCCGGCCGCCCAAGCAGCUCCCGCCAUUUCCAGCACCUUCCCCUUCAUCUUUGGCAACAAGAAGGUGCACUGCCUCAUCCCGUGCGCCAUCGAUCAGGACCCAUACUUCCGCAUGACCCGCGAUGUGGCUCCACGUCUUGGAUAUCCCAAAUGCGCACUCAUGCACUCAACCUUCUUCCCAGCGCUGCAGGGCGCCAAGACGAAGAUGUCGGCUAGCGACCAGAACUCGGCUGUUUAUCUGACGGACACGCCCAAGCAGAUUAAGAACAAGAUCAACAAGUACGCCUUCUCCGGAGGACGCGUGACUGUCGAGGAGCAUCGUAAGCUGGGCGGAGUGCCGGAGGUUGAUGUGUCCUAUCAGCUGCUGAAGUUCUUCCUGGAGGACGAUGCCAAGUUGGAGGAGGUGCGAGUGGCUUACAGCAAAGGCGAAAUGCUUACGGGCGAAAUCAAGAAGCUGGCAGUUGAGACGCUCACACCCAUUGUGGAACAGCAUCAGGCAGCCCGCAAGCUGAUUACGGACGAAGUGCUGGACAAGUACUUCGAACUGCGACCCCUUCAGUUCGGAAGAUAGAGCGCCAGCAGAGAUGAGGUACCUGCAUUUGCUUGACAUCGAUUCUUACUACCAGUUUAUACGAAAUUAGCUUAAAUCGAACUAAGCGAGAUUAGUUCAGCACCGAACCGACUAAGGCACUCCUAUGUAAAUACCUAUACAGAAUUGAUCUAUGCCUUGGCUUUGAGUCCGGCAGGCGCCCACUUAAUGCAUCGUUGUACUCGCUAUUUAUUUUAUUUUUUACACUGCGUGUUUAUUUUUAUAAAGCAGAAAACAAUAAACGGCUUCGAUUUGCAAUUGCUGCCACCACAGUGACCCACA